CUCGGCGAGUAUCUCGAGCGGGAGCGGACGUCCUUCCCGCGUUUCUACUUCGUCGGCGAUGAGGAUCUGCUGGAGAUCAUCGGUAACAGCAAGAAUGUGGCACGACUGCAGAAACAUUUCAAGAAGAUGUUUGCCGGUGUUGCCUCCAUUCUGCUGAACGAGGACAACACCGUCAUCCUCGGUAUUGCGUCGCGCGAGGGCGAAGAGGUACGCUUCAUCAAACCCGUCUCGACGGUCGAUCAUCCGAAGAUCAACGAGUGGCUGUCAUUGGUCGAGAAGGAGAUGCGCUUCACACUUGCCUCGUAUCUGGCCCAAGCUGUGCAGGAUAUCAAACAGUUUAAGGACGUGAUCGAUACGCAAAAGUACAUGGAAUGGUGUGACAAAUAUCAGGCACAAAUCGUAGUCCUUGCCGCUCAGAUCCUAUGGUCUGAGGAUGUCGAGAAUGCGCUCCAGCAAACAUCCGACGGCACAGCUCCUCCGCCGGGGGCCAACGGUAAGGAGAAAACACCGCUACAUCGCGUACUGGCAACGGUGGAGCAGACAUUGAAUGUAUUGGCGGAUUCGGUGUUGCAAGAGCAGCCAGCACUGCGACGCAAGAAGCUCGAGCAUCUGAUUAACGAAUUCGUGCACAAGCGUACCGUAACGCGUCGUCUGAUCGCCCACGGUGUGAACAAUCCCAAAUCAUUCCACUGGCUUUGCGAGAUGCGAUUCUACUUCGAUCCGCGCCAGACCGAGGUGCUACAGCAGCUGACAAUUCACAUGGCGAAUGCACGCUUCUACUAUGGUUUCGAGUACCUCGGUGUGCAGGAUCGACUGGUGCAGACCCCGCUAACCGAUCGCUGCUACCUGACGAUGACGCAAGCGCUCGAGGCACGGCUCGGUGGAUCACCGUUCGGACCUGCCGGUACCGGCAAGACGGAAUCGGUCAAGGCACUCGGUAAUCAGCUGGGCCGCUUCGUGCUCGUGUUCAACUGCGACGAAACGUUCGACUUCCAGGCGAUGGGACGUAUCUUCGUGGGACUGUGUCAGGUCGGGGCCUGGGGUUGCUUCGAUGAGUUCAACCGGCUCGAGGAACGCAUGUUGUCGGCCGUUUCGCAGCAAAUUCAAACCAUUCAGGAAGCGCUCAAGUCACAGCAAGACGCCAACCGGGACGCUCAGAGUAUCACGGUCGAGCUGGUCGGUAAGCAGGUGCGCGUAUCGACCGAUAUGGCCAUCUUCAUCACGAUGAAUCCAGGCUACGCCGGACGAUCGAAUCUGCCGGACAACUUGAAGAAACUGUUCCGCUCGCUUGCCAUGACCACACCGGAUCGCCAGCUGAUCGCCGAGGUCAUGCUGUUCAGUCAAGGUUUCCGGACGGCCGAGAAGCUCGCCUGCAAGAUCGUACCCUUCUUCAAGCUUUGCGAUGAGCAGCUGUCCAACCAGUCGCACUACGAUUUUGGCUUGCGUGCUCUAAAGUCGGUGCUCGUAUCGGCCGGUAACGUUAAGCGGGAUCGCAUUAUGCGCAUUAAGGACCAGAUGAAGCAACGGGGCGAGGAAACGAUCGACGAAGCGUCCAUUGCGGAGAAUCUGCCCGAGCAGGAAAUUCUCAUUCAAUCGGUCUGCGAAACGAUGGUACCGAAACUGGUGGCGGAAGACAUUCCGCUGCUGUUUUCGCUGCUGAGCGACGUGUUCCCGAACGUGGGAUACACGCGGGCCGAAAUGAAGGGACUGAAGGACGAAAUCCGUAAGGUGUGCGCCGAGGAGUAUCUGGUUUGUGGUGAAGGCGAUGAGCAGGGUGGCGCCUGGAUGGAGAAGGGAUGUGGCGAAACGUGGGUCGACAAAGUGCUGCAAUUGUAUCAAAUCUCCAAUCUCAACCACGGUCUGAUGAUGGUUGGACCAUCCGGAUCUGGCAAGUCGUCCGCGUGGAAGGUGUUGCUGAAGGCACUGGAACGCUUCGAGGGUACUGAAGGUGUGGCGCAUGUGAUCGAUCCGAAAGCCAUUUCCAAGGAAGCCCUGUACGGUGUGCUGGAUCCGAAUACCCGCGAGUGGACCGAUGGUCUGUUUACGCACAUUCUACGCAAGAUCAUCGACAAUGUGCGCGGUGAGAUCAACAAGCGCCAGUGGAUCAUCUUCGACGGUGACGUCGAUCCGGAGUGGGUCGAGAAUUUGAACUCGGUGCUGGAUGAUAACAAGCUGUUGACGCUACCGAACGGUGAGCGAUUGUCGUUGCCACCGAACGUGCGCAUCAUGUUCGAGGUACAGGAUCUGAAAUACGCCACUCUGGCCACCGUUUCCCGGUGUGGUAUGGUGUGGUUCUCCGAGGAUGUCCUUUCGACGGAGAUGAUCUUCGAGAACUACAUGUCCCGGUUGCGCCACAUUCCGCUGGAGGAUGGUGAGGAGGAGAGCUUUAGCGGACAGUCCAAGAGUGCGGACAAGGAGGACGAGAUUACUCCCGCUCUGCAGACGCAACGUGAAAUUGCAGCACUACUGCAACCCUACUUCACGUCCGAUGGGUUGGUGGUGCGCUGUCUCGAGUAUGCCAUGGGCCAGGAGCACAUCAUGGACUUUACGCGCCUUCGUGCGCUGAGCUCACUGUUUUCGAUGCUCAACCAGGGUGCGCGCAAUAUCCUCACCUUCAACCAGCAGCAUCCCGAUUUCCCCGUUCCACCGGAGCAGCUGGAACAGUACAUCCCGAAGCUGCUGAUUUACUCGAUGCUCUGGUCGUUCGCUGGAGACUCGAAGCUGAAGGUGCGCUCGGAUUUAGGAGACUUCCUGCGAAGCAUCACCACCAUUACGCUGCCGGCGCAGGGUGCUAAUCCGAUUAUCGACUACGAGGUGAACAUUCAGGGCGAUUGGGUACCGUGGUCGAACAAGGUACCGGUCAUCGAGAUCGAGACGCACAAAGUGGCCGCACCAGAUGUAGUCGUACCGACGCUCGACACGGUCCGCCAUGAAUCACUGCUGUACACGUGGCUCGCCGAACAUAAGCCGCUCGUGCUGUGCGGUCCUCCGGGUUCCGGUAAAACGAUGACCCUGUUCUCGGCCCUGCGUGCCCUGCCCGAUAUGGAGGUGGUCGGUUUGAACUUUUCGUCCGCCACAACACCGGAGCUGCUGCUGAAAACGUUCGAUCAUUACUGUGAGUACCGAAAGACACCGAACGGUGUGGUGCUGGCCCCGGUACAGCUCGGCAAGUGGUUGGUGUUGUUCUGCGAUGAAAUCAAUUUGCCAGACAUGGACUCGUACGGUACGCAGCGCGUAAUUUCCUUCCUGCGUCAGCUGGUCGAGCAUAAGGGCUUCUAUCGUGCGGCCGAUCAAUCGUGGGUUUCGCUGGAGCGCAUUCAGUUCGUCGGUGCCUGUAACCCACCGACCGAUCCGGGACGUAAACCGCUCAGCCAUCGCUUCCUGCGUCACGUACCGAUCAUCUACGUGGACUACCCGGGAGAAACGUCACUGAAGCAGAUUUACGGUACCUUCAGCCGGGCGAUGCUGCGCCUUAUGCCCAAUCUGCGCGGUUACGCCGAACCGCUCACCAAUGCAAUGGUCGAGUUCUAUCUCGCAUCACAGGAUCGCUUCACGCAAGACAUGCAACCGCACUACGUGUACUCACCGCGUGAGAUGACACGCUGGGUGCGCGGUAUCUGCGAGGCCAUCCGGCCCCUCGAUAACCUACCGGUCGAAGGGUUAGUGCGUCUGUGGGCCCACGAAGCGCUUCGACUGUUCCAGGAUCGCUUGGUGGAAGAAUCGGAACGUCGCUGGACGAACGAAAACAUCGAUCUGGUAGCGAUGAAACACUUCCCGAGUGUCGAUCGUGAAAAGGCGCUACUGCGACCGAUCCUGUACAGUAACUGGCUGUCAAAGGAUUACAUGCCGGUCAAUAGGGAUGAGCUGCGUGAUUACGUGAAGGCUCGACUGAAGGUGUUCUACGAGGAGGAGCUUGAUGUACCGCUCGUACUAUUCGAUGAAGUGCUUGAGCACGUGCUGCGCAUCGAUCGUAUCUUCCGGCAACCGCAGGGCCAUCUGUUGUUGAUCGGUGUAUCAGGUGCUGGCAAGACGACGCUCUCGCGCUUCGUUGCCUGGAUGAAUGGACUCUCGAUCUUCCAGAUCAAGGUACACAACAAGUACACGAGCGAGGACUUCGAUGAGGAUCUGCGGUGCGUGCUGAGGCGGUCGGGCUGUAAGGACGAAAAGAUCGCCUUCAUUCUGGACGAAUCGAACGUACUGGAUUCCGGGUUCCUCGAGCGCAUGAACACACUGCUGGCGAACGGUGAAGUACCGGGUCUGUUCGAGGGCGAUGAGUACACGACGCUCAUGACGCAAUGCAAGGAAGGGGCACAGCGCGAAGGCCUUAUGCUAGACUCGAGCGAUGAGUUGUACAAGUGGUUCACACAGCAAGUUAUGCGCAACCUGCACGUUGUGUUCACCAUGAAUCCAUCGACCGAUGGGCUGAAGGAUCGGGCUGCCACCUCUCCGGCCCUGUUUAACCGUUGCGUACUCAAUUGGUUCGGUGAUUGGUCCGAUUCGGCACUGUUCCAGGUCGGCAAAGAGUUCACGAUUCGCGUGGAUCUGGAGAAACCGACCUGGUCGGCUCCCGACUUCUUCCCGGCCGUCUGUCCGCUCGUUUCCAACACUCCAUCCCACCGGGACGCUGUCAUCAACAGCUGCGUGUACGUUCAUCAGACUCUGCACAAGGCAAAUGCUCGGCUCGCGAAGCGUGGUAGCCGAACGAUGGCAAUCACACCGCGUCACUAUCUGGACUUUAUUCACCAUUUCGUGAAGCUGUACUCGGAAAAGCGAAGCGAUCUGGAGGAACAACAGCUUCAUCUGAACGUCGGUCUCAACAAGAUAGCCGAAACGGUCGAACAGGUUGAAGAGAUGCAGAAAUCGUUGGCCGUUAAGUCGCAGGAACUGCAGGCAAAGAACGAGGCCGCAAACGCUAAGCUGAAGCAAAUGUUCAAGGACCAGCAGGAGGCAGAAAUCAAGAAGGUGCAAUCGCAAGAGAUCCAACAGCAGCUGGCCGAACAGACGGUCAAAAUCGAGGAGAAGCGAAAGGAUGUGAUGGCCGAUUUGGCACAGGUCGAACCGGCCGUUAUCGAUGCCCAAGCCGCCGUCGGUAACAUCAAGAAGAAGCAGCUGGCGGAGGUGCGCACGAUGGCAAAUCCUCCGCUUCCGGUGAAGAUGGCGUUGGAGUCGGUGUGUUUGCUGCUCGGCGAAGAUGAUCGUGGUGGCGAUUGGAAAGCGAUACGAGCGAUCAUGGUCAAGGACAGCUUCAUUGCAUCGAUCGUCAAGCUGGACACAUCACACAUUACCGAUGAGGUACGUGAGAAGAUGAAGUCGAAGUACCUCAGCAAUCCGGAUUACAACUUCGAGAAGGUGAACCGCGCCUCGAUGGCUUGCGGACCGAUGGUGAAGUGGGCCAUCGCACAGGUGGAGUACGCCGACAUGCUGAAGCGCGUGGAACCACUGCGCGAUGAGCUGAGCUCGCUGGAGCACCAGGCCGAAACGAACAUCAAGCACGGACAGGAGGUGAAGGAGCUGAUCGCUCAACUCGAGCAGAGUAUUGCGGCGUAUAAGGAAGAGUACGCACAGCUCAUUUCGCAGGCACAGGCCAUCAAAACGGAUCUCGAGAACGUGCAGGCUAAGGUGGAUCGUUCGAUCGCGCUGCUGAAGAGCUUGGUGAUUGAGCGCGAGCGGUGGGAGGCCACAAGUGAAACAUUCCGCUCCCAGAUGUCUACCAUCGUCGGCGAUGUGCUGCUAUCCGCGGCAUUUAUCGCAUAUGGAGGUUACUUCGAUCAGCACUACCGGAGCAAUCUGUUCUCCACCUGGUGCCAGCAUCUGCAGUCGGCCAACAUACAGUUCCGAGCGGACAUUGCGCGCACCGAGUAUCUGUCGAAUCCGGACGAGCGGCUACGCUGGCAGGCAAAUGCACUACCAACCGAUGAUCUGUGUACCGAGAACGCGAUCAUGCUGAAGCGCUUCAACCGGUACCCGCUGAUCAUCGAUCCCUCGGGCCAGGCGACCGAGUUCAUCAUGAACGAGUUCAAGGAUAAGAAGAUUACGAAGACAAGCUUCCUGGAUGAUUCGUUCCGCAAGAAUCUGGAAUCCGCACUCCGGUUCGGUAAUCCGUUGCUGGUGCAGGAUGUUGAGAACUACGAUCCGAUAUUGAAUCCGGUGCUGAACCGUGAGUUACGACGUACCGGCGGUCGUGUGCUUAUCACACUUGGCGACCAGGACAUCGAUCUUUCGCCAUCGUUCGUGAUCUUCCUUUCGACGCGCGACCCUACGGUCGAGUUCCCGCCCGAUAUCUGCUCGCGUGUUACGUUUGUGAACUUCACCGUCACCCGUAGCUCGCUACAAUCGCAAUGUCUCAACCAGGUGCUAAAGGCCGAGCGUCCCGAUAUUGAUGAGAAACGUUCGGAUCUGCUGAAGCUGCAGGGUGAGUUCCAUCUGCGUUUGCGGCAGCUCGAGAAGAGUCUGCUGCAGGCACUGAACGAUGCAAAGGGUAAGAUCCUGGAUGACGAUUCGGUCAUUACAACACUGGAAACGCUCAAAAAGGAGGCCGCCGACAUUGGCCAGAAGGUGGAGGAAACGGACAAGGUGAUCGCCGAAAUCGAAACGGUCUCGCAGCAGUAUCUGUCGCUAUCGCAGGCCUGCUCGAACAUCUACUUCACCAUGGACAGUCUGAAUCAGGUGCACUUCCUGUACCAAUACUCGCUGAAGAUGUUCCUCGAUAUCUUCAGCACGGUACUGCACAACAACCCGACGCUGGAGGGCAAAACGGAUUAUACUGGGCGGCUGCUGAUCAUCACCUCCGAUCUGUACCGCGUGUGCUACGAAAGGGUGGCCCGUGGUAUGCUGCAUGCGGAUCGGCUUACCUUCGCUAUCCUGCUGUGCCGCAUCCAUCUGAAGGGCACAUCGGAAGCGAACCUUGAUCAGGAGUUCAACUUCUUCCUGCGCAACAAGGAAGGUCUGGUAGCAUCCUCCAGCCACGUGGACGGUGUCAGUGCAGAACAGCUCGAGUCGGUUACGCGGCUCGCGACCCGGUUGCCCAUAUUCCGCAAACUGCUCGAGAAGAUCAAGGCAAUGCCCGAACUGACGGCCUGGUUGCAGCAAGGAUCACCCGAACAGAACGUACCGUUGCUGUGGGACGAAUCGAAAGCCUUAUCGCCGGUCUCGGCUUCAAUGCAUCAGCUGCUGCUGAUCCAGGCAUUCCGACCGGAUCGCGUGAUCGCUGCAGCCCAUCUUUUCGUAUCGACCGUACUGGGAGAAGAUUUUAUGCCCCAGGCCGAGAAGGAGCUGGACUUUGCCGCUUGCGUGGAUAAGGAAAUGACGAGCAACACUCCGGCUUUGCUGUGCUCCGUCACCGGGUACGACGCGUCGUCUCGUGUGGAUGAUUUGGCAGCCGAACUGAACAAACAAAUCAGCAGCAUCGCCAUCGGUUCUGCCGAAGGAUUCAACCAGGCUGAGCGUGUGAUCAACAUGGCGUGCAAAUCGGGCCGCUGGGUGCUGCUAAAGAACGUCCAUCUGGCACCGCAGUGGUUGGUACAGCUGGAGAAGAAGCUCCACUCACUGCAACCCCAUUCCGGCUUCCGGCUAUUCUUGACGAUGGAAAUCAACCCGAAGGUACCGGUGAAUUUACUGCGCGCUGGACGUAUCUUCGUCUAUGAACCACCGCCAGGCAUACGGGCCAAUUUGCUGCGCACUUUCUCCACUGUUCCGGCAGCGCGCAUGAUGAAGCAGCCGAGCGAACGUGCCCGGCUAUACUUCCUUCUGUCCUGGUUCCAUGCCAUCGUGCAGGAGCGUCUGCGCUAUGUGCCCCUUGGAUGGGCCAAGAAGUACGAGUUUAAUGAAUCGGAUCUGCGCGUUGCAUGCGAUACACUGGACACGUGGAUCGAUGCCACGGCAAUGGGCCGUACGAAUUUGCCACCGGAGAAGGUUCCAUGGGAUGCCCUAGUGACCCUGCUGUCUCAGAGCAUCUACGGUGGUAAGAUCGAUAACGAUUUCGAUCAACGGCUGCUGGCUUCGUUCCUAUCGAAGCUCUUCACUGCACGCAGCUUCGAGGCCGAGUUUGCACUCGUUGCUAACGUCGACGGUGUUGCCGGUGGGCCGAACGGUCAGCGUCACAUCACGAUGCCCGACGGUACACGGCGCGAUCAUUUCCUCAAGUGGAUCGAGGCGCUAGCCGAUCGUCAGACGCCAUCAUGGUUGGGACUACCGAAUAACGCAGAAAAGGUGCUGUUAACAACGCGCGGAACGGAUCUGAUUAGCAAGCUACUCAAGAUGCAACAGCUAGAGGAUGACGAUGAACUGGCGUACAGCAACGACGAGAGCCUCGAUACGAUGCAAACGCGCCAAGAGGAUGGUCGUCCGUCGUGGAUGAAAACGCUGCACAACAGUGCGCUAACGUGGUUGGAACUGUUGCCCAAGAGUUUGGCCACGCUCAAGCGCACGGUCGAGAACAUCAAGGACCCACUGUACCGGUACUUCGAGCGAGAGGUUUCGUCCGGCGCCAAGCUGCUGCAGACGGUCGUCAGUGAUCUGCAGGAUGUCGUGCUGAUCUGCCAGGGCGAAAAGAAGCAGACCAACUAUCAUCGUACGAUGUUGAGCGAACUGGUUCGCGGUAUCCUGCCUGCCGGUUGGCGCCGUUACACCGUACCAACGGGUUGUACCGUCAUCCAAUGGAUCACCGACUUUAGCCAUCGGGUGCAGCAGCUGCAGAAGGUGUCCACGCUGGUGUCGCAGGCCGGCGCGAAGGAACUGCAAAGUUUCCCCGUCUGGCUCGGUGGUCUUUUCAAUCCGGAAGCUUAUAUUACCGCCACGAGACAGUGCGUAGCACAGGCGAACAGCUGGUCGCUAGAGGAGCUCACCCUGACCGUCACCAUCACCGAGAGUGGCUCCGAUGGGUUCGACAAUCUGAAGGACAGCAGUUUCGGAGUGUCCGGUCUGAAGUUGCAGGGUGCUCAGUGCAAAAACAACCAGCUGCUGCUGACAUCGACCAUCAUGACCGAGCUACCGCUGACGCUGCUCAAGUGGACGCGCAUCGAUGCCGAGGCGGCCCGUGGGGCCAAGCUGACGCUACCCGUCUACCUUAACUCAACCCGUGCGGAGCUGCUAUUUACGGUCGACAUGACGGUGGUCGCUGGUCAGGAUCCCCAUUCGUUCUACGAGCGCGGUGUUGCUGUGCUGGCCUCGACGGCACUUAAUUAAUUUACCGAGCACGGAUCAUAUUUACUCAGCUCCCGUGCGAGCCGCUUUGGCGAAUGAUAACAUAUUUUAUCCUAUUUUUAACAUAUUAUAGCAAAUGUGUAGCCAACGCUCUGUUGCAUCUCACGCUAAAUUUAGCAAAAAAAAGCAGCUAUUGUGCACGUUCCAUAGGAGCUGCACGCCUUUGUUCGCUUUAUACAUAAUCGAAUGAUUCACUAAUAAAACUAUAUCAGCUACUCAGUUGUCUUCCGUCGUCUUUU